AUGACAAACGCAUAUAUAUAUAUAGAUAACUAUGUACAACUAUCGUCCGCACAUAAUCCAGUUACGUUGCGCUUAGUUGUGGCAGAAAACCUCGUUUAUACAACCGAAAUGCUUAGAUCUGCUAUUGCCAAGAGGACUCUUGCAACCGUCGCCAGUACAGAAAAAGUGCUGCCCAAGAAAUAUGGCGGUCGGUUCGUGGUCACGUUGAUUCCCGGGGACGGUGUGGGCAAAGAAGUGACCGACUCGGUGGUUUCCGUGUUCGAAGCCGAGAACCUGCCCAUCGACUGGGACCGCGUGGAUAUCUCCGGUCUGGACCACGAAGAGGGCGUCGCAGCCGCCGUCCAAUCGCUUAAAAGGAACAAGGUCGGUCUAAAGGGGAUCUGGCACACUUCCGCGGCAGACCAGGCAGGCAAGGGCUCUCUCAACGUCGCGCUGCGGAAACACCUGGACAUCUACGCCAACGUGGCUCUGUUCAAGUCGGUGCCCGGGGUGCGCACCCGGAUCCCAGACGUGGACCUGGUGGUCAUCCGUGAAAACACCGAGGGUGAAUACUCCGGGCUGGAACACGAGUCUGUGCCGGGCGUGGUGGAGUCUCUGAAGAUCAUGACGGAGGCCAAGACCGAGCGGAUUGCGCGUUUCGCGUUCGAUUUCGCCAAGAAAUAUAACCGCCAAGCGGUCACCGCGGUUCACAAGGCCAACAUCAUGAAGCUUGGCGACGGCUUGUUCCGCAACGUGGUCACGCGUGUCGGCGAGCAGGAAUACCCAGACAUACGCGUCAACUCGAUCAUUGUCGACAACGCGUCGAUGCAGACGGUCGCCAAGCCACACCAGUUCGACGUGCUUGUCACACCCUCGAUGUACGGUACCAUCCUGGGCAACAUCGGCGCCGCGCUGAUCGGCGGGCCCGGUCUCGUGCCCGGAGCCAACUACGGCCGCGAAUACGCGGUGUUCGAGCCUGGCUCCCGCCAUGUAGGUCUCGAUAUCAAAGACCAGAACAUCGCCAACCCAACGGCGAUGAUCCUUUCUGCCGCACUGAUGUUGGAUCAUCUCGGGCUAAACACUUCUGCAUCUAGAAUCUCCAACGCGGUCCACCAGGUGAUCGCAGAGGGUAAGACCACCACGCCGGAUAUCGGCGGAACAGCCUCUACUACCGAGUUCACCGAGGCUGUCAUUGCAAGACUUGCUUCUAUGUCAUAG